UGACUCGCUACGGCUAUGGAAGGCAAUUUGCACUUAUCGAGGAUGACCUGGCGAAGGUGACUAUGAUAUUGAAGCUUGAUUUCGUUCUCGAAAUCUCUUAUCUCAUCUCCUUAGCGUCGAUAAAGAUCUCUUUCUGUCUUUUAUACUUCAAGGUAUUCUCGAUUACCAAAUUCAGGUGGUUAUACUACUUGGUCAUUGCGAUCGUGACCUGCCAAUUUAUCGAAGAAUUAUUUGGUUUGUGUAACGAGCAUAGUUCGCGUCACCUAUAUACGACAUUUUGCGGGAACCUUGUAGAGGCCUUGAAUUGGUCGUCCGUCGAGGUUUGCGUUGCCAUCUUUAUCGCAUGCAUUCCAUCCCUCCGAUAUCUCGUUGCUCGAACCUGUCCUAUACUUCAAAAGACAUUAGGUCUAGGGAGCAGCCAUAAGCCAACCCAAGAGACGGAUACUCUAAAAGCCAGUCCAGUGGACCAGAAUUAUUUCACUCUUCCUAUAGCAGUGAAACCCUCAGGGCCCCGUGACUGCUUCCCUUUGCCAUCGCCGUUAGUAGAGGAUGGCAUCACUCCGAUGAUUGAUAUGAGUGGCGGCCUGGAGCCGGACGUAACAGAGCCGGUAGUCAGCAUAUCUCAGCCAGCUGAGCCACAUCUACGGACGAUGGAUUAUGUGGGACUUACAGAGCUUUCUUUGGCCAUCAAGCGCCCUGUUAGAGGGGAAGGUCAACUUUAA